AUGAUUCCAUCUAAAGUCUUGGACUUUGUAAGCACUUUGCGAUCAACAUUUUCCUUUUUGGAGGCUCUUCAUAUCCCUACAAUUGCUACCGUUGAGGGUAUAACAUUGGGUCGGGGACUUGAAAUGGCAAUGUCUUGUGAUAUCUGGAUAUGUGGUGAAGAUGCAGUGUUGGGUUUAACUAAAAUAGGACUUGCUAUAGUACCAGGAGCUUAUUUGUCAAGUGGAGGGGGAUCCUUGUUUUCCCAAGCCCCUCCUCCUUCUCCUCCGUGUCUCUCUCUGUCCUUCUCCCGUGGUACCUCCUCAAUAAUUCCAUUUGGUCAUGCAAGGAUUGUCAAUUACUGCGUUCCUGCUGGUAAGGCUCGUCUCAAGGCGCUUGAACUUGCUAGGGAUAUUAAUCAGAAGGAUGGCAACAAAGCCAGCAUCAAACAAUGCAAAUCUACCCACCGUGCAGAUGCACAGACCUGUUAA